CGUGCUUUUGUAUUUGUUAUCUUUGAACUAAAGGUUUUAACUUAUUUAUCUUAAAAAUAUUAUUGCAAGACCCAUGAUACGAAACAUUAUGGCUAGCGCUCGCGGUUUUAGUUCAUCUGUGCCGAAAACAUUCAGAAGAUUAGUGGUCAAGAAAUUAACUCCUGCAUUUAAAGAUGCAGUUGAUAUAGUUCACGAAGAGCUUGUUCGUCCUGCCGCUAAUGAAGUGCUAAUAAAAAAUAAAUAUGUGGGAAUAAAUGCAUCUGAUGUGAAUGUAGCUGCUGGACGUUAUUUUAAAGAAAAACCUUCUGUUCCAACAAAUAUUGGUUUUGAGGCAAUUGGUGAAGUAGUUGAUAUAGGUGAAAACGUUUUAAAUGAGACGGAUUUAAAAUAUGGACAAGCCAUAAUGUAUAUGAAGCUGGGUGCAUUUUCAGAAUUUAUGUACCUUCCAGCUGAAGAAGUAAUUCCCAUUAAUGCUCCAAAUCCAAAUCUUCUUCCUUUGUUAGUAAGUGGAAGCUCAGCAAGUUUAAGCCUUGACAAAUGUGGUCGCAUAGUACCUGGAGAGAAAGUUUUGAUCACUGCUGCUGCAGGUGGCACUGGCCAUAUUGCGGUUCAGUGGGCAAAAAAUGCUGGUUGCCAUGUUAUAGGAACUUGCUCCUCAGAAGAGAAAGUGGACUUUUUAAAGACAAUAGGAUGUGAUCGACCUAUUAAUUAUAAGAAAGAAUCUCUGGAUGAAGUACUCCAUAAAGAAUACCCAAAUGGCAUUGAUGUUAUUUGGGAAGCUGUUGGAGGCAAACUGUUUCCAGUGCUACAGAAACAUCUAGCUAUUAAAGGAAGACUAGUUAUCAUCGGAGCAGUGUCACAAUAUUUAAAAGAAAAUAUGGAGCUUGUGAUGAAUAACGAUUUGCCAUUUAAACUCCUUUCUCGUUCUACAACCUUCAGUGGAUUUCUUCUUCCUCAUUACCUGGCUGAUAUUCCUCAUUACAUGAGCUUGAUGGUACAACAGUUUCAUGAACAAAUUUUGAAAACUCAAAUAGAUGAUGGCAGCUCUCUAGGGAACAAAUUUUCGAAAUUAGAAGAUAUUCCAAAGGCAGUAGAAUACUUAUACAGUGGGAAAAAUAAAGGCAAAAUUAUUGUUCAAUUAUGAAGAGUGACAAAGUUAUUAGAUGACAAAACUAAUCUUCAGAGACUGCUUGGUUUUUAAAUUUCAUAUUUUAUUUAUAACAUUUUUCUCUUUAAUAAUCCUCACCAUGAGAAAAUUCUGAUUGCACCACUGAGUCCUCAGCCAACAACAAUGAUUUUGGUUUCAAAUUCAAACGCUUAGGCAAAUACAUAAUUUUGUUUUAGCUUCUGUCGGCUGAAAAAUAUAAGGCUGUAGAAAGAAAAGACGGAGCAAGCUAUGUUAGCUCCACCUUAGGAUGUGUAUAGUGAAAAGUGGUCAAUGAGGUAGAACGCUGACUGUUUCUUUUAUAGAAGAGUAAUUUUAGUCUUUGGUGUUUUCUUAGACAAUUCGAUGGACAAAUGAAAAAAAAAAAAAAAAUACAAAUGCAAUCCAUGCUUUGUUUUGCAAAAUUAAACUAGCACAUAUUUUAUGUGAAAGGA